AGCUCUUAACACACUUUCUAGGUUGAUAGCUGAAGAAAAGAUCAACUAGGAAAAACAAAUCGACUCAGGCGUUGGACAGAAAGUCCAGUGACGUGGCCUCGAGGAUCACCCGAGUUCUGAUACAUACAACAAUUAAUAGAAUUAUGUUAUAAGAUGUCAGACAGCGAACACCCAGCCACUGACCUACAGGAGAACGUGGAAGGCCACGUCCCCAAAGAGCCACCGCCUGCGUCACACAGUGAUUCUUCACAUGACGCGCAAAGUGACAGCUCAGCUGACGUAGCCCCGACUCGAAAGACGAGGAAGAGACCGGAGAACAAACCACCCCCUGAAGUCCAGGAACGUCCAGAGACGGCCAGCGAGGCAGAAAAUGCAUCGAAGGCUUCUUCACAGACAACUGUUUCCCAAGGUGGUUGGGGGAGCUGGGGAAGCUGGGGGAAGUCUCUUCUUUCUACAGCCACAGCCACAGUUGCCACCGUAGGCCAAGGACUGUCUCAGGUCAUCGAGAAGGCAGAGACGUCUUUGGGAAUUCCCAGUCCUACGGAGCUCUCUGCCCAAAUGGAAAAGGAAGAGGAAGCUGAUGCUCCUUCCAGCUCCAGUGAAGGAAACACAGGAGAAGGAGAUGGUAACGUGUUGGGAAGUGCUAUGGGAAUGCUGUCCUCCAGCAGUAUGGGAAUGCUGUCCUCUCUAUCCAGUGUGGUGCAGAGUACAAGUAAAACGGUAAUAAGUGGUGGACUGGACGCUUUGGAGUUUAUUGGUAAGAAGACGAUGGAUGUGAUAGCAGAAGGAGACCCUGGCUUCAAAAAAACCAAAGGCCUGAUGAACAGAACGUCCACCUUGUCACAGGUUUUAAGGGAGGCGAAGGAACGAGAGGAACAGCAGACCGCCGAGAACGUCACCUCAGAAACAGAGAAGAAGGCUCAUUAUGGGAUGUUGUUUGAUGAGUUCCAGGGCCUGUCGCAUCUAGAAGCCUUGGAGAUCCUGUCCAGAGAGAGUGAAGCGAAGGUGAAAUCAGUGCUGACCACGUUAUCGGGCGAGGAGCUGACCGCUCUGAGGGAUGAUCUGGAGCAGAUCAAGGAGUCCUUCUCCCUGAUGGAGUUCGAUGAAGAGGAGGUAGACGACCCAGAAGUCGACGCCGGUGAAGAUUUCCUUAAGGAACUGACCGAUGCUCUUAAAAAGCUUCACAUAUCUACGACAGCGGAGAGGCUUGGCAAGGCUAGGAAGAAUGCAUUUGACCGUAUUAUGGACAUGAAGAUCCCAACUGAAGCAAAGCAGCAGCCAGAAGAGGGCAGCGAGCAGGAGGCCACGGUGACCAAGUGCACUGUUGAGGAUGCUCACUUCUCUGCUAUCACGAGCUUGGCAGAGCUCACAGCCAGAUCCAUUGAGCAGUUCCACAAGGUGGCAGAAAUGCUUCUUCACUCCACCACUGAGGGGGUCACUGCUCUGGAACAAGCCAAAGUCCUGGCACAAAUCACAGUUGUUCUCUGCAAGGAGAUAUCGAUGCUGUCGAAAAAAUUCACAGCUUGUUUAGCGACGAUUGGGUCAAAUGAAAAAGGAGAGGUACUGAAUCCGUUAAUCACUGGAGUUUUCCUGGAGGCCUCCAACAGUGCUUCGUAUAUCCAGGAUGCGUUCCAGCUGUUAAUGCCAGUGCUAGAGGUGUCUCACAUUCAAACGACGGCCGACUCGAGUCACUGAUAACGACUCGGCAAGUAGGAAUUUAGACAGGAAGAAGGAGCAUUACGACGUAGGACAGGUUGGAAAUCCAGUGCGUACUUUUGAUGUACUGUAUGGAGUAACAUGACGUGCAAGAUGGACUUUUAUUGUUAAUUUUACCAAAAAAAUAUCAUUGGGAAUUUUUCAAGUUUUCAAAAAUGUCAAUGCUGUUCCAUGUGAUAAAUUUUUGUCUUGUUUUAUAAAUCUGACCAUUUAGAUUAGAAGCUUUCUGCAGCAUCAGCUGUUAAUUCUUUCUCUCUUUUUUUUUUCUUUUCUUUUCUUCUUUUGUUGACAUUUUGCAAACAAUUACAAUCACGUCGAUAAAGAACGCAUCAGUAUCGUUUUGGCCUUAAUGUGUUCAGACUUGUAAUAAUAAAUACAAGAAUUGUAGGUUUUUAAAGAAAUACGUCAUGUGACCUCUUACGUAAGCACUCAUGUAAUCGAUAAGUGUUGUGAUCUAAGGAUAAGACGUGGAACAUUCCUCACGUCGAGGGUCUGUACUGCUACGGUGUUGGUUGAAAGACGCUAUCUCGGGUAGAUCUCGAAUAAAAGAACAAAAGGAGGUUCGGCAUGUGGUAUCAUGUAGUGUGAUGUCAUUCUCAGAAGAAAGAAAAAAAAUUAAGCUACUGUGCUUUUUAUCCGAUUUCAUACUAUUGGCAUUUUAAGUUUAUUAAAAUAAACAUCCUUUGUGAUGCUUUGCCAGGCCUUUACUGCAGCUGUCUUCAGUUGUUGUAUGUUCGUGGGUCUUUCUGCCUUAAGUUUUGUCUUUAGCAAGUGAAAUGCGUGCUCGGGCGGGUUGAGAUCAGGUGACUGACUUGGUCGUUGCAGACUGUUCCACUCCUUUGCUUUAAAAAACUCCUGGGUUGCUUUCACGGUAUGUUUUGGGUCAUUGUCUAUCUGUAAAGUGAAGCGCUGUGUAAUUAACUUCACUGAAUUUGGUUGAAUCUGAGCAGACGAUAUAUUCCUAUACACUUCAGAAUUCAUCCGGCUGCUUCUAUCUUGUCACAUCAUCAAUAAACACUAGUGCCCCAGUGCCAUUGGUAGCCAUGCAUGCCCAUGCCAUCACACUGCCUCCACCGUAUUUUACAGAUGAUGUGGUAUGCUUCGGAUCAUGAGCCGUUCCAAGUCUUCUCCAUACGUUUUUUUUUUUUAUGGUGAACCCCUCUGUAUUUGCUCUUGUGAAGUCUUCUCUUUAUGGUAGACUUGGAUAAAUGAUAUGCCUGCCUCCUGAAGUGUGUUCUUCACUUGGCUGGAUGUUGUGAAGGAGUUUUUCUUUACCAUGGAAAAGAAUCCUAUGAUCGUCCACCACUGUUGUCUUCCGUGGACGUCCAGGCCUUUUUGUGUUGCCAAACUGUUGAUUUGGCCACUCGUAGUGUUCCUGUUAUCUCCCUAUUCUCUCUCUUUCACUUGCAUCGAGAGCUCCUUUGACCGCAUGCUAUGGGUUUACAGCGACCGCGUCCAAAUGCGAAUGCCACACCUGGAAUCACCUCCAGACCCUUUACCUGCUUAAUCGAUGAAGAAAUAACGACGGAAUAGCCCACACCUGUCCAUGAAACAGCUUUCGAGUCAAAUGUCCGAUUACUUUUGGUCCCUUGAAAAAGAGGGGGCUACAUAUUAAAGAGCUGUAAUUCCUAAAUCCUUCCUCUCAUGUGGAUGUUAGUACAUUUAAAUUAAAGACGAGAGACUGCACUUUAAGCCCGUAUUCAUUGUUUAACUGUAACUUGAAUGUUUUGGUAAACAGACAAAAUAAAACUUGUCAGUGUCCAAAUAUAUAUGGACCUAACUGUAUGGAUUUUCCCCGCUCCAAAUUUACUAUAUAAAAAUAUCCUACAGGGUGUCCCAAAAGUCUCCAUAAAUACUGGACUAUGUUUACUAGCACCACGUCUGUUGUGGCUUCAUCAGAGGACGUUCGCGGACGUCCACUUUUUCUCGGUCGGUCCGCCAAACACUUCGUCUUUUUGAAUCUGUUAAUAAGUUUGGCGACAGUGUCGUGCGUGAUGUACUUGCCAUGUUUCCUGUUCAAGUCCGUCGCGACCUUGCGACAUCGUCCCGAUCCAGCCACGAGAAUGAUUUCAAUACGUUCUUCUUUUGUUACAGGCGUUCUUAAAGGCUAUCUGAAAAAAAUGUAUAUUUAAUAUAAACGAAGUAUGGAAAUUUUUGAAAGACAUUUUGCUUAAAAAAAAAAACAAAAAAAAAAAAGUGUUCAUUUCCCCUGUUUAUGGAGAAUUUUGGGACACCCUGUAUUUAAAUGAGUUAAUAUUCUAAAACCUUCCAAGUGAUCCAAGUUAAUUAAAAAAUGUAUGAAGGACAGGAAAAUGAGCAAUUUCCUCCAUUUCAGGUCUAAGGAGAGUAAUGGAAGGUGUAAUAAUAUUACUGUGGAGUCAGGAACUGCUUGCUGACAGCGGCAACUGCAUAAACUCAGCUGGACGGCGGAUGUUUAGGUGAUUCUGCAGCCAUGUGUGGUAAAAAUAAAUAAAUUCAGUAUAACCCUUAUACAAAUCAGUUGUCCAACAUCCGAAUGGCUGACGUUUAAACUGUAUGUUUAAUCACUUUCUAAUCAUCAUCACCAUUAAGAUUAUUCGCAAGACGUUAGAUUUGACUCUUCAUCGUAGGCGUAAAUGAUCUUUUUAGGCGAAAACGUUCUGUUUUCGACCAUCAUUUAUUCUGACAGCAUCCUUAACGAAUAUAGCUAACUGAUAUUAACUAUAUACAAGGCUAAUAUUAGCUACGUCAAACAUACAUUGAUUUUAUUUCAUAUUAAUUAACAUUCUCCAUUUCUCGGGACAAAAAUCAAGGAUGCCUGACGAGUCCAUUCAAAGGCAUGCGGGGAAGUUAGCGGGCUUUUGGGUGUCAGAGACUUUAAUACACCUGCACGAAUCAUUUUAGAUGAAAAAUGCUCUCUUGGCUUAUUUCUGAGUGAUAAUUCGUACUAGUUAAAUUGUGGAACCCCUGUGAAAAAUGUGUAAAGACUAGCAGGUCUGUAAUAUAAUAUAAUCAGAGUCACUAGAUACUGUGUAAUGUCAUGUAGUUGUAUAUGUUACACAAGCCUAUAAAAUACUACAACAGUUUUGUUUUUCUUACAGAAACAUGUAACUGCUUAUUUUUUAAAAUAAACACCUAAGAGAUGA